AGGGACGCACGCGUCGCCCCGCGCGCAAAAUUGGAGGGAAAACUUUACGGGAAAGUUAUAAAAAAUCUCACUAUGUAGUACUCUUCAACUACGUUUAGAGAGUAGGUACUAAAACUGUGCUGUGCGUUAAAAUGUGGGACUUUUAUGAUUAUGACACUGAAACCUGACUUUGAAGUGGAAACUUUGUAAGCGGUUGUUAACGGAAUGAUGAUGAUAGAGCACAUGAUACCAUGGCUGGUCACCCUAGCCGUGGUAGAGGCCGCCGGGUCGGCAGACAAGCGUCCUCACUUCACAGUGGAGCCUCCAUCGAGGAUCCUCUGGGCGGCCACGCGUGGAGCCCACGCCGCGUGUCGCGCUACUGGUCACCCCACACCUGAUGUGCACUGGGUCACUGCUGAGGGGCAAGUGCUUACCACCAUUCCGGGCCUUAGACACGUGUUACCAGACGGUCGGCUGGUGGUGGGCGCGCGGCGCUCGCUCAUAGACGCUGGCAGCGGCGGCGGCGCGGUGCUCCGUUGCCGGGCGACCAACCGCGCAGGAACUGUACUAUCCAAACCUGUGUUACUGCAACCGGUGGAGGACAACGUCCUGUCUCACACGGCGAGACAGCUGACACCGGCUAAGGUGGGAGCGUCUGUGGUGCUGCGUUGUGAGACAUCACCCCAAGUAGGCCUUAUUGAUGUCACGUGGCUGCAAGAUGGCCUGCCUCUGUCCUCGGGGUACUUAGGUUCUGAUUCGCGGUGGGUAUCCGGAGCUGGUGGCUUGUUGCUUGGAUCAGAUCUGACGCAAGCCGACAUCCAAGCCGAAUACUCCUGUGUGGCUAUCGAUACCCUUAGCCCGUCGCUUAAACUUACAACUGAUGAUAGCAGCUGGUUGGAAAACAUCGAAUUGAGUUCUAUUGAAGCUCGAGUAGGAGAUACUGUGAUACUACCUUGUAUAUUACGUCAUAUGACUGCGCACACUGUCACUUGGCAGCGACAAGAAUCUGGAGGAACUUGGGUUGCUGCAACUGAAGGCACCGUAAGGGGAGGCGCAUUAAUAUUUUCCAAUGCACGAUCGCAUCAUGCAACACGAUAUGCAUGCUCCGUGGGCACCGAGUCGUCACCAAGAGUAUUGACUCGUCUGGUAGUAUACGAGCCUUUAACAGUCACUGUUACACCAAAUCCUUUGAUGAUAGGAACCGGGGCUACUGGCAAUUUUAACUGCUCAGUCCACGGCGGUCGUGGUGGAGGCUUGACUAUAAGUUGGCAACACGAAGGGAGGCCGCUACACGCUCCUCAAUCCCGCUUGUCAGUGGGCCCAGUUCGAAGUCACCAUGCAGGCCUCUAUCAAUGCACUGCCCAUGACCACUCAGAGUCUGCGGUCGUUGGUGCUGAACUGGUUAUAGCUGACAGACCGCCAAGGUUGGUAUCUACGUUUAGCGAAGCAGUUACUAGAAUAGGACAGAACAUUGCUUUGAGAUGCGCUGCGAAUGGAGUGCCAUCGCCGAGAAUACUUUGGACUUUAGACGAUCGACCGUUGCCAUCAGCACCCGAUAAAUAUUCCGUAAAUACUAGGGCAGAGACUUUGCCUGGUGGGGAAGAAGGGACAAUAAUAUCAACACUAAGUGUGACUAUACGAUCGGCAGAUGAAGGUGGUAGAUAUGGAUGCAAUGCUACAAACUCCCGCGGAUCAGUUGCUCAUCAUGCAAGACUGAAUGUUUUUGGUCCUCCUAACAUAAGAUAUUUACCUGCUAUACACAUAAAAACAGAUACAGAUGUUACGCUCAAUUGCCCUUACUCUGGGUAUCCUAUAAAGGAAGUGGUAUGGCGACGUGAAGAUGGAUCUAUAGUAGAAAGUUCGAUAGAACCUGAUGAUGACCGAGGUAUACUGCGUCUGACUUCUGUCAGAAGUUCAGCGGCGGGAAGUUAUACGUGCGAAGUCCGAGCUGAAAGUGGAGAAUUAGCUAGGAGAACUGUCAGAUUAGAAAUUCACAAGCCGCCAAAAAUUGUACCAUUUCAAUUCCCUGAAGAACUUGAAGUUGGUGGAAGUACACAAGCUACUUGCAGCUUAGUAUCAGGAGACAAACCUAUACAAUUUACGUGGCAAAAAGACAAUUUACCGAUUCCGUCUACUUUAAAAGUUGAACAGAAAAACAUGGAUUUCUUUUCUCUACUGAUUAUCCAAGAUCUGUCAUCAGCUCACGGUGGAGAAUAUACUUGCAAAGCAUCAAAUGAUUUUGGAUUUGUAACCCACAGUGCCCAGUUGAUAGUCAAAGAGGCACCAACGUGGGUAUGGCGGUCACAGAAUACAUCGGUCUCUGCUGGUGCUGCUUUGCUAUUGCCUUGUUCAGCAAAAGGACAACCAACGCCCAGAAUAUCUUGGGAAUACUCUUCUGAUGGAGAUAACUGGCGCCAUAUAUUGUGGGGUCAAUCGGAAUCGUCAGAUGCUAGUGGUGGAUCAGUGCUAUCUGACGGCACAAUAUGGUUGAAGACAGCUACUCCAGAUCAUGAAGGCUGGUAUCGAUGUACAGCCCGUGUUCCACAUGCAUUUUUGCAUCACUCAUUUUAUUUAGACGUAAGAGAACCGCCAAGACUGACUAGAGGGGGAGGUGGUGGUGAAACCAGAUGGGUAGUAAGAGGAUCAGCAGCUCGUCUGAUGUGCACAGUUAGAGGGGAACCAGAAAUUCAUGUACACUGGACUCACGAUUCAAGACCAUUGGCUUUGCAUGGAGCAGGUGCAGUUGAAACCAGAGACGUAAGCAAUGGGGUAAUGACUUCAGAAAUAACGAUAGCACACGCUGGCCCAGAACACGCUGGUGAAUACAAGUGCCUCGCUAGAAAUUUGUACGGCAGUGAUGAACUCACCUUCAGGCUGUUUGUCAAAGAGCGUCCAAACGUGCCUGAAGAAGUCCGCAUAUCAGAGGUAUGGUCUCGUCGAGCGAGAGUAACUUGGAGAGUCGCGAGAGGAGCGCUCGUAUUCCACUACUCCCUCCAGUACCGACCCCUCAGUCGCGACAUCUCGAACGCUCCGCUCGACGCUGCGCUACCCGCUCUGCUCGACUCCUGGGACACACCCGAAAUAGUCAACGUAACACUGGCUAAUUCCGAUUUGCUUCAUGUCGCGUCUGAAGGGCCAGGUCGCGCCGGGGCGACAGUGUCUGGGCUGUCACCCGACACCCGAUACGCUCUCCGCCUGGCCGCGUUUAACGACGUCGGUGCUUCUGCGUACACCAUGCCGCUCCACUUCACGACAAGAGAAGAGACUCCCGGAGGGGCACCUCGUGAUAUUUCAGUACGGGCACUGAGACCUCGCGAGCUCCACGUCACUUGGCAGCCUCCUCCAAGAGAAACGUGGCACGGCACGCUCUUGGGUUAUACGAUCCGGUGGUGGGAGGUGUCUGAAGAGGGCAAGGGAUCGGGUGACAAUCCAGGCUCAGAAAGCGGGGCGAGUGCAGACGCGACUAGCACAACCAUUAGGGGACUGAAGGCUGCAACUCGAUACGGCGUCACAGUGAGAGCAUACAACGCCGCCGGCACCGGCCCGUUGUCACCCCCGCACUACCGACACACACUUGAAUCCCCACCGACGGGAGGUCCGGAAGGUCUGAUGUGCAUAUCAAGUGGGGCGACGUCACUCAAGGUGUCGUGGCGUCCGCCGGCCCUAGAGACUAGAGGGGGGCUCAUCACCCACUACACCCUUCAGUACACACGACGAGACGCUGAUCCCUUGCUGCCUAGUCAAGACGCUUAUUUGCGAAUUCAGGGAGAAGACGCCACAGUAUCUCGACUCACGCCUUAUGCGGAAUACGAAAUCAGAGUCCGAGCUCACAAUGCCGCUGGUGACGGUCCACUGACUGCUCCUCAAGUCUGCAGGACCGAUGAAGAUGCACCAAGUGCCCCAGGUGGAAUGAAACUUAUCGCUUUGAGCGAACGUUCCUUAAGAGCAUCGUGGCUACCGCCUCCAGAACCAAACGGAAGACUGACACAUUACACUCUUUAUGUUAAAGACUUAUCAGGAUCUCAAGAACCAAAUGCGACUCGAGUAAACGGAUGCUCAGAAGGAGAAGGUGGUUCCGUGGAGUGUAUGAAGUCGCUUCGCGGGUUGCGUGCUGGACGAACUUACGAGGCGUGGGUUCGAGCCGCUACGGCUGCAGGCGAAGGACCGCCUUCAGUUGCUGUUGCCUGCCAAACUAGUUCUUUAGCACCAGCACGCAUAUCUUCUUUUGGUGGUGUAGCCGUUGGCGCUGCUGGUGGUUCAUUGUCCUUACGCUGCGUAGUGGGUGGAGCUCCACCACCAGCUAAGAGAUGGUUGCGAGCUGGCAGCCCUUUGCAUCCUCGACCACCCUUCCAUCUUGAUGGAGACGCCUUGUUGAUAAGAGGUCUUGAACUUUCCCACGCGGAUAAUUAUACGUGUGUAGCUGAAAACCCUCAUGGUUCAGACUCGGCAACAUGGCGAGUGGUAGUGCUGAGACCACCAUCACCCCCCACCCUUGCAUUGUUAGAAGCGAGACCUAGAGAACUGGAAUUAGAAUUGCGGCCAACGCCAAGAACUCCUGGACAUGCAUUGCCUAAAGCUUUUAGCUUACAUUGGAGGCUUGCAGCACCUGAGGGUGAGUGGCGAAUACAAGCUGCCAACCCGGGUCCAGUUGCUCUGGCAGGAUUACGUUGUGGUUCAGCUUACCGGGUUUAUGGGUCAGCUGGUGGACCUCCGGGUUCAGAGAUAGCUGUAAGGACGUCAGGCGGUCCACCGAUAGCUCCUCCUGACUCCAGGUGGAUCAAUGCUAACACUACUCACGCGAGGUUUGAUACAAUCGCGUGGAACGACGGUGGUUGUGGACCAGUGGCGUUGAAGUUGGAGUGGGCUGGUUCGGGAGUUGCUGGUGCUAGAGAUAUCCCUGUUGGGGGAGAAGUGAUUUUGGGGGGUCUAACCCCAGGCUCAAGGUACCGCGUGGCGGCACGAGCAUCAAAUGAAGCGGGUUGGACCCGCGAGGUCUACGAGUUCACCACGAUAUCCUCCGAAGGAGGAUUCGCUGAAGAAGUGGACGCCCCCUUCCCCGCCACUGCUGGGGAGUUGGCACUCCUCCUGGCUCUAUGCGCUGCGUUGUCACUCGCUGCCUUGACUAUUUUAGCAAUUCUUCUUAGAAGGAAAAGAAGUGACGGCGCAGUGGCGAGGGUGACGACCAGUGCGGAGAAGCCUGGAUGCGGCACGUACCGGGCUCCUCCGCAUCAAGCCCCGAAACUACCACCAGACCCUCCAGAUGUGUACGAAAUAAGUCCAUACGCGACGUUCGCGGGCGGCGCAGGCGUCGGGAGCGGCUCGCGUGCCUAUACACUGCAGCUGCGCGCGCUCGCCCGACACGAUGAUGAGGCCGCGCCGCCCGCGCACCCCGCCUGCUGCGAUGAAGAAACCUGCGUGGAUACUUGCGACGCGCAACGGAGAAGAAGACGACGACGGCACUACUGUCCCGAUCAUGGUUGUUCACAAGACUCAGGGAGUUGAAAAACGAAACUGCCAAAUGAUUUAGUGAAAUAUAUCUAGUCAGUGUAAUUAGUUAAUUCCGUUAAACAUAUUAAUAUGUAUACAAGAAUUUAUACAAUAAUAUUGUCUAUUUAUA